CUCUCUCUCUCUAGAAGGUGCCGCAUCAUCUUCCCCUCUCUCUCCAUCCCUCUCCCUCUCCCACCCUCUCUCUCUCCUCUCUCUGUUGAGCUAGCUGCUCCAUUGCUAACACAUUAGCUUCCUCUUCUACACUGUUAGCUGCAUCUCUCUCUGACGCUCUGCGGUGGGCUUGUCCUAAAACAGGCAGUCACCACCCACCACCCUCUCUCUCUCCCCCCCUCUCUCCCUCCGACCCUCCCUCUCUCCACCCCUCCCUCCCUCCAUCCUCUCUCCAUCCCUCCGUCCCGCUAUAGCUGCUGACUCCAGAAGAGCAGAGGAAGAUGAGGCUUCACUGAUCCUGCAGGAGCCAGCUACAGCCAGCUACUCAAACCUUCACCAUGAGUGUUGUAGCUCUCUCGCCCAUCGGGGGGGAGCCCACCUCCCCUAUGAUCACCUCCGUUACCAUGACGCACAGCAACUCCCUGGAGGAGGCAGUCUUCCCAGGCCACACCCCCUGCAGGCAGCGCCGGGCCCCCCCCCUCCAUGCGGGGGCCGACUGGAAGGUGCUCCUCCACCUGCCGGAGGUGCAGACCUGGCUGAGGGCGGCGGCCGGCCGUGUGUCCCAGCUCACGCACUCCGCUGGCCAGGACGCAGAACACCGCCACAUAGACACACACCUGCUGCAGCUCAAGGACAUCUGUGAGGACAUCUCGGACCAUGUGGAGCAGAUCCACGCUCUCCUGGAGACGGAGUUCUCUCUGAAGCUGCUGUCCUACUCAGUCAACAUCAUAGUAGACAUCAGGGCGGUCCAGCUCCUGUGGCACCAGCUGCGGGUCUCAGUGCUGGUCCUGAAGGAGCGUCUCCUCCAGGGGCUCCAGGACUCCAACGGCAACUUCACCAGACAGACGGACAUCCUGCAGGCCUUCAGCCAGGACCAGGACCAGGACCAGACCCGAGUGGACGACCUGACGGAGGUGGACGACUGCGGCCGUCGGACCAUCCGCUGCAGCCGGGACUACUUCUCCCUGGACUGCGGCAUCACCGCCUUUGAGCUCAGCGACUACAGCCCCGGGGACGGCCCCCACCAGCUCCUGGACCCCCAACACCUCCAGGACCCCAGCCCGGGAGCGGACCCCGAGACCCAGGACCCCUACUACCUCCAGGACCCCAGCCCGGGAGCGGACCCCGAGACCCAGGACCCCUACUACCUCCAGGACCCCAGCCCGGGACCGGACCCCGAGACCCAGGACCCCUACUACCUCCAGGACCCCAGCCCGGGACCGGACCCCGAGACCCAGACCCGCAUCCAGCCGGGAACACCGUCCGGCCCCCCAGAGCCCACACCCACCCACACAUCAGCCCCCGCCCCCAGUGCUCCCAGCAGGCAUUGCGGCAUGUUCCACCAGGGUGAACCGUCGGCGUCCAAGCGUCCACUGCUGGGGGGAGGAGGAGGAGGAGGAGGAGGAGGAGGAGGGGGAGGAGGGGCAGCGUCUCCCACCCAGCCGUCGCUGGCAAAGAGAGCGGCCCUGGUCCCAGGCCCCAGCCCUGGGGGGCCGGAGGGGCCGGGCAGCCCCCCUGCCAGCCUCCUCUCCCAGGGGGAGGAGGGCCUGAGGCGGCUCCCUCUGCUGGAGCCCGACCACAGCGCCACCUUCUGGCUGGAGCUGGACUCAGGCUACCCAGAGAGCCCCGCCCACCUGCAGACCCCCGGAGGAGGUGAAGGGAGCCGGACCCCCGAGAGGCCCUCCUCUCUGGCUGGAGCCCCCGGCGAGACCCCCCGCCCCGCCCGGGACCCGCCGUCAUCUCCGGGCCCGUUGGCGACCCCGCCGCCCGGCAGGGGGGCGUCCGACUCCCCCGUGCCUUCCUCCGGCAGGGGGGCCCUCUCCUCCUGCUCCGACAUGGAGGCCUCUGGGGAGGAGUCGGACCCCCGAGCGCCUGGUGCCCGGCGGACCGCCAAGCACCCCGGCCCACAGGGGAAGGAUCACUGGUUUGGUUCGGAGGAGUUCCUGGCUCUCCCUGACCAGCUGAGACACACUGAGCUGCUGGCCAUCAACCUGGAGAGCCUGACCCAAGCCCUCCCCCUGAGGUCUAGCUGUGAUCUGGACCAGCGUGGCCUGCAGGACAUCGAUGACUGGGACCUGAGCGAGGUCUCCCCUGACUGCUACCUCCCCCUGGAGGACACGGCCUACCCCCAGUCGAGACAUCACCACUUCAACAUCGGUCGCUUUAGCCCCUCCUCCUCCAGCGACGUCCCUCACUCAUUGGACGACAGCAUAGAGUCCGGCCCCCUGAGCGAGCUGCUCUCCGAGGAGGACGAGGGGCGGAGCUCUGGGUCGGUGGCGCCGGCGCCCCCGGUGGCCGGUCAGGGGACCACAGCCCUGGUCUCACAGCUGCUGGAGGGCAUCCAGCACCACGACGCCCACAUCCUCAGGAAGAUAGAGGGCUUCGUUACGCGUCUGGACGUGUUCAUCGAGUGGCUGAAAGACGCGCUGCUCAGCACCGACAACUGGACCCCCCCUAGACAUGACCUGGACCACCUGAGAGACUACCUGGACACGCAUCUGGUGAGACCCACCCCCGUAUAGACACACACCUGGGAAGACACACACACGUAUCGAUACACACCUGGUGAGACACACCCCCGUAUAGACACACAUCUGGGAAGACACACACCUGGUGAUAUAC